GCCUGGCGGCUCCAGGGACGCGGAUGCGCGCCUGCGCAUUGGCACAGAGAUCAUGGCGGCUACGGCGGCCUGGCAGGGCUGGGGAGCUGCGGCCCGAGCAGCCAGGCUGGGCAGGCGGUGCUGUCCUGUGACAAAUCUGUAUACCAUUAAGAAGCAACCUUUGCACCAAUUUGUACGAAGACCACUUUUCCCACAGCAUUCAGCUUUGUGUAACACAGUGCGAUUUAUGUUUAUUCAGACACAAGACACCCCAAAUCCCAACAGCUUAAAGUUUAUACCAGGAAAGCCAGUUCUUGAGAUGAGGACCAUGGAUUUUCCUACCCCAGCUGCAGCAUUCCGCUCCCCUCUGGCCAGGCAGUUGUUUAGGAUUGAAGGAGUGAAAAGUGUCUUCUUUGGCCCAGAUUUCAUCACUGUCACAAAGGAAAAUGAAGAAUUAGACUGGAAUUUACUGAAACCAGAUAUUUAUGCAACAAUUAUGGAUUUCUUUGCAUCUGGCUUACCUCUAGUAACUGAAGAAACACCUUCAGGAGAAGCAGGUGACAUUGUUUUGGGUUCUGAAGAAGAUGAUGAAGUUGUGGCAAUGAUUAAGGAAUUAUUAGAUACUAGAAUACGGCCGACUGUGCAGGAGGAUGGAGGCGAUGUGAUCUACAGAGGCUUUGAAGAUGGCAUUGUACGGCUGAAGCUCCAGGGCUCCUGCACCAGCUGCCCCAGCUCCAUCAUCACCCUAAAGAGUGGGAUUCAGAAUAUGCUGCAGUUCUAUAUUCCGGAAGUAGAAGGUGUAGAGCAGGUAAUGGAUGAUGAAUCAGAUGAAAAAGUGAACUCACCAUAAGAUAAUCUGGGUAAAACAGUGUGACUCACAUAUACUAAGCUUUUAUUAAGAUACUAUGGAAGUUAUGAUUAAUAAAAUAUUUCCUCUCCACAUAGAA